UUUGCAUUAAAUUUUUAGUAAAUUUUUAAAAAAUUCUUAAUUGCAAAAUUAGUAGUUAAACAUUUUUGGCAUACAAAAAAAACGGACAACAUUUUUGGUACAAAAACACAGGGGACAAAAAAAUCGAAACAAUUUUUAGAACAAUUAGCCAAUCAAGUGCUUCCAAUCAAUCAUCAAAUCCACACAACAAAAUGUCCAACAACCCACGAAAGCAAUGUCUACCGAGCAACCUGAACAUCAACACUUGCGAGCGGUAUCCGCAUCCAAGGCAAACGGAGUUCUAUCGCACAGUCGAGCCGCGCAUCUCAGCCCAGAGCCAGAAGGCGGAACAUGCCGCAGAUCGAUUGAAUCGCCCAGCCCGUGCCGCACCCACACAAGGUCCACGCAUCCAACCAGCGCGUAACUCGGAAAUACGAGGAUUUCGCAAUAGCUAUUUUUCCUAA